GGACCGUGAGCUACUCCUUUCUCUCUGACUGCAGACUGAACUUCACCCGAGACUGUAACUCCCUUCCUCUGUCCAACAUUUGAAGACAUGCAGAACAAAAUUUGAAAGCAAAUGAUCCAUCGACUUCUGACAGAUCCACUUGAUUUGAAUAUCAGCUACUGUUCAAAUCAAGAAGAAAUGUUUGCUUUUGUCACUUGAGAGAUUUUGGACACUGGUGUGUCGGGAAGAAUACUGAGACACCCAAGUGAGGGAGAUUCAGUGCGCUGACUGUGAAAAGUGCUUCAAAUCAUUUACUCAACUUGGGGGAUCAAAAUCUCACCCCUCACGGUGGGGAGAGACUGAGUACGCAUUCUGUUUGUAAUUUAAAACACAGAGUGACACAAGGAAAGCUUUCUCCAUGGGGAAACCAUGGAAAUGUGGGGACUGUGGGAAAGGAUUCCCUUAUCCAUCGGCGUUGGAAACCCACAGACGCAUUCACACUGGGGAGAGGCCGUUCACCUGCCCCGACUGUGGAAAGGGAUUCAGUUGGCUGUGCAACCUGCUGGCACACCAGCGAGUUCACACAGGGGAGAGGCCGUUCAUCUGCCAUCAUUGUGGGAAAGGAUUCACUCAGUCGUCCCGGCUGCAGACGCACCAGCAGGUUCACACCGGGGAGAGGCCAUUCUCCUGCUCUCAGUGUGAGCGGAAAUUUAUUGAUGCAUCCCACCUCCUGACACACCAGUGCAUUCACACCGGGGAGAGGCCGUUCACCUGUUCCGAAUGCGGGAAAGCAUUCACCGUUUCUUCCAGCCUGCUCAAACACCAGCGAGUCCACACUGGGGAGAGGCCAUACACCUGUUCCGUGUGCCGGAAGGGCUUCUGUCGGUUGUGGACCUUGCGGACCCACCAGAGGGUCCACACAGGAGAGAAGCCGUUCACGUGCCCAGUGUGUGGGAAAGGGUUUGCUCAGUCAUCUACUCUGCUGACCCACAAGCGGGUUCACACUGGGGAGAGGCCGUUCACAUGCUCUCAUUGCGGGAAGGGAUUCAUGGAUUCUUCCGCCCUGCUGACCCACCAGCGGGUCCAUACUGGGGCACGGCCCUUCACCUGCCAGGAGUGCGGGAAGGCCUUCCGUCGUAUGAGCAACUUGCAGACGCACCAGCGGGUCCACACAGGAGAGAGGCCUUUCACGUGCUCAGAGUGUGGGAGGGGAUUCAUUGAUUCUUCCACCCUGCGGUCCCACCAGCGGGUGCACACCGGGGAGAGGCCAUUCACCUGUCCCAAGUGCGGGAAGGGCUUCAGUCAUGUGGGCAACUUGCGGAAGCACCAACGGGUCCACACCAGGGAGAGCCCGCUCACCUGCUCUCAGUGCGGAAAAGACUUCACCCGCUCCUCCCACCUACAGAGGCACCAGCGAAUUCACACUGGGGUGAGACCCUUCCUCUGCCCUGAAUGCGGGAAGACUUUUAGCAAAUCCUCCAACCUGCUGGCCCACCGGCGCAUCCACACGGGGGAGAGGCCCUUCAGCUGCCCCAAGUGUGGGAAGGCCUUCGGCAAUUCCUCCGUCCUGCUGAAGCACCAGCGAGUCCACACCAGGGAGAGGCCAUUCUCCUGCUCCGAGUGCGGGAAGAACUUUAACCACUCCUCCCACCUGCUGACUAACCGGCGGGUCCACACAGGGGAGAGGUCCUUCAACUGCCCCGAGUGUGGGAAGGCCUUUGGCGAUUCCUCUGCCCUGCUGAUGCACCAACAGGUCCACACCAGCGAGAGGCCGUUCUCCUGCCCUUGGUGUGGGAAGGGCUUUAAACGUUCCUCUGAACUGCUGGCCCACUGGCGGGUCAACACAGGGGAGAGGCCAUUUGCCUGCCCCGAGUGCGGGCGGAGAUUCGCAUUGUCCGGUAACUUGCAGAGACACCAGAGGGGGCACCAGUGUUCUCAACAAUCUGAUUCCGACAGUGAUGCUGCUGUGGGUCAACCCCAGGACUGAACCUCCUGACUGUUCUGACAAUGGGUGCAGUGGGAGAGUCUGUGGGUUUCUUUGUUUUCUGCUAGACUGCACCCACACACCCCUCCCAUUCCUCCCCCAACCCCAGGUUGGCUCACGGGCGGCACAGUGGCUCAGUGAUUAGUGCCACUGCCUCACAUGGCCAGGGACCGGGGUACGAUUCCACCCACCACGUGACUGUGGGGAGUUUGCCCAUCCGUCCCCUCCAUGUCUGCAAGGGUUUCC